CUUUUCCUUCCGUGGCCGCCAUCCCGGGAGCGGAGUCGGGGCAGUGGCGAGCCGUGAAGAACCCACAAAAUGGCUUGUGCUCGACCAUUGAUAACCGUGUACAGCGAGAAGGGAGAAGCCUCGGGCAAAAAUGUUGUUUUGCCUGCUGUUUUCAAGGCUCCCAUCCGUCCAGAUAUCGUGAACUUUGUCCACACAAACCUGCGCAAGAAUAACAGGCAGCCAUAUGCUGUGAGCGCAGAUGCAGGUCACCAAACUAGUGCGGAGUCGUGGGGUACUGGUCGAGCUGUGGCUCGUAUUCCCCGUGUUCGCGGUGGUGGUACUCAUCGCUCUGGUCAGGGUGCCUUUGGCAACAUGUGCCGUGGUGGACGCAUGUUUGCUCCCACAAAGACUUGGCGCCGUUGGCACCGUAGGGUGAAUGUGGGCCAGAAGCGAUACGCCAUCUGCUCUGCAUUGGCAGCAUCUGCUCUUCCUGCUCUGGUCAUGUCGAAAGGUCACCGUAUUGAGGAAAUCCCAGAAUUGCCUCUUGUGAUUGAAGACAAGGUCGAGGGCUACAAGAAGACAAAGGAGGCUGUUCUGAUCCUGAAGAAGCUGAAGGCCUGGAAUGAUAUCAAAAAGGUUUAUGCUUCCCAGCGAAUGCGUGCGGGCAAAGGUAAAAUGAGGAACCGCCGUCGAAUCCAGCGCAGGGGCCCGUGUGUCAUCUUCAACGAAGACAACGGAAUUACCAAAGCUUUCAGGAACAUCCCAGGCAUCACUCUCCUCAACGUUAACAAACUGAAUGUCCUGAGGCUCGCUCCUGGUGGCCACGUUGGACGGUUCUGCAUCUGGACGGAGAGCGCCUUUCGUAAACUGGACCCGCUGUACGGCACCUGGCGUAAGCCUUCCACACUGAAGCUGGGAUACAAUCUCCCUAUUCACAAGAUGACGAACACAGACCUGAGCCGUAUCAUGAAGAGUCAAGAAAUUCAAAAGGCUCUUCGUGCCCCCAACAAAAAGGUUCAUCGCAGGGUGCUUAAGAAGAACCCACUGAAGAACUUGAGGGUCAUGAUCAAGCUCAAUCCAUAUGCCAAGACAGCCAGGCGCCGUGCAAUCCUCUUGCAAGCGAAGAACCAUCAGGCCAAGUUAGACAAAAAGCCAAAUCCCAUCAAGCAGAAGGCCAAGGCGGACAAGAAGAAAAGGCGACAGGCACGGUAUCAGCAUAAAAAGGAAACCGAGGCGAAGGAGGCUGCGGCAAAGGAAGCAGCAGCAAAGAAGACAGCAGCAUAAAACUAGAUGAGGGACUGGUUCACGGACCUCUCUUGGAAUGGCAUUUGCAUUAAAUUCAAAUAAAAAUAUAUUU